CGGACUUCGAAUAGCUAGAACUAAAUGCAGACUUUCGUAGGUUAGAGAUUAUAGCAAUAUAAUGAGGAAAUAAUUCGGAUUUGUGAAAGAUCUUUAUCCACGUUGUUGACGGAUUAUUGUGUUGAAAGUGAGGCAUAACUUUGUAACAAUUUCGUGUAACGUAAUCUAAAUAUCCAAACUACAACUUCUACCACCAAUUUCGCUCCAGUCUUGCUCCAGUAGAAUCAACACGCUUGAUCCGGCAUGAUGAAGCUUUUACACUUGGAUAGUUAAUUUUGAAACCACAUAUGCAGUGGAGUUUUUUACCUGGUCAGCAUGGCUUUUGAACAAUUAGAACGGGCAUUGGACUCACUCUCCAAAUCUGUUUCACAUUUUCACGUUGGAGCAGAUUCAAUUGAUGACUUGAAGCCUUUGGAAGUUCGAAUAUCAGAUUUGAGGAAACUUAUGAAAGUACAAAAAACUCACUGGCAAAUGGUCAAUGCUAAAAUUCACGCAAACUCGGUAACUGAAAAUCCACAAGAAGAUAUUAGUACUACAAUUAGCAAUUCACGUAAAAAAAUAUCGCAUUUACAAACUGAUAGUCAGGCAAUUGGUCUGUGCCUUUACAGCCUUGCUAUCCAUGAUAUGGUAUAUAAAGAGAAACCUAAUCGAAAUUUUAAAGAACAAGUAUUGGGCUACAUGAAGAGGUUGUUUGUAUUAAAUGACUCAUUACUAUCGAUACAUCAAAGAAUGGAGGCCCUGCGGAUAGAAGAAUUGGAUCUAAAAAUAGAAUGCCAAAAAGAGUUAUUCAACUACCGCCAGUUCUUACGGGACCAGGAAAAUCUUCUUGACAGAAACCUACAGGAAACAAACCCUGAAAUUGUAAAAAAUAAAACAAAGUUAUUGCUGAAAUUGAGAAAAAUAAAUGUGAUGAAACGGCUGACCACAGCCAUUUUAUCCACUUCCGGGACACUUGUGAGAGAAAAGCCAUUCUUAUUCAAUAUGAUGAAAAAGCACAGGGAAAUAAUCAAUAUUGAAACAAUUAUUGAAAUGACUCGUGACGCAGCAGCAUUCUCUGAUACAAGAUAACACAAUUUCAUCUGCUCUAAGUAAAUUAGAAAUAUUUUCAAAUUAAUAUAUUUGUACAUUUAUGCUAGACUGAAUUAACAUACAUAUAAGUUAAAGAAUUGUCACAACGAAUAAAACAAUGAACUAACAAUGAUCA